AUGCAGUCAUUAGCUAUUUUGCAGAUUGUAAUUAUUGGAGUUGCAGCGGGACUGGGAUCAUCUCGUGAGAUUCCUCGAGUUGUGGGUGGCAGAGAUGCACCAGAAGGAGCACAUCCCUAUCAAGUGUCAUUAAGACGUGGUAAUUCUCAUUACUGUGGAGGUGUUAUCCUUAAUAACCGCUGGGUAAUUACUGCUGCACACUGCGUUGCUCUAGUUAAUUCAACUGGCGUGACAGCAGUAAUGGGCACCAACACGUUAUCAAAAGGUGGAGAUGUCUAUCACCCGGACCUAUUUAUAGUUCACAAGAAAUACAAACUCCUGUUUAACGAUAUCGCUUUGAUAAGAGUUUCGAAGGAAAUAAAAUUCAAUAAAAAAGUCCAGCGGGUGAUGUUACCAGCAACCGACUCUAGGUUCGAUCACUACGCAGUAAAACUUUCCGGCUGGGGUCUCACUCAAGUCAAUGGUGAAAUUCCCGACAGCCUUCAGGAAAUAGAUCUCCAGGUUAUCAGCCAACUAAAAUGCAGACUUUAUUUCCCGAUUGUGUUGACCAGCGGAAAUAUUUGUACUCUUACAGUACGAGGACAGGGAGCCUGCAACGGUGAUUCCGGUGGUCCAUUGACGGCCAAUGGAACUCUUGUUGGUAUCGUGUCAUAUGGACGUCCCUGCGCCAAAGGCUUUCCUGAUGUUUACACUCGAGUCUUCCACUACCGCGACUGGAUCAAUCAAACAAUAGCAGCCAGAUUGCACAUAAUUUAA